CUACAGUCUCUGCUUCCUCACCGCAUCAUUACCUUACUCGUCGGGCCUCUCCAAUCAGCUCAGGACCGAUGAGCCAAUUCGGCCUCGGUGAUCAUGUCGCCCUCAAACGCGAUCUCACCGUCUAUGGCCUCGUCCAACUCACCCACACUGAUUCAAAUGCGCCCUUUGGGAUUGACGCCUGGACAGGCCAUGUCGAUGUCCCGCCCGAAGUCCUCGAGGAGUUCUUCGCCACGGGCAUCCCCCCAGAGGGAUAUGUCUACGUCGAAUUCGUUCAUGACCGCAUCGGCUGCUGCCUUGUCAAUGAGAAUGACCUUGUCCUUGUCAGUCGGGCCUUUGGGUUGGGUGACAUCGUCAAGCAAGAGGGAAGCUCCUUGACGGGCACGGUGAUCAAUGUUUCGGAGACGUACAUCCUUGAACCUGUCUUCCCGAGGAACUCGUCAACCCGUCCGCCGACCUGUUCGGAAACAUGUCCGUCAACCAUGCCCGAGCACUUCCAGCAUCCGAAUCCACACAUCCUCCUCUACAAUAUCCCUGCAAGAGAGAUCAAAAGAGCACAGGAUGUCUUGUCAGGAGACUCCAUAAUAUAUGGUAACUGGCUCGGACGGGUGGAAGACGUGGAAUACGACACUGUGGUCAUGCUCACAGACUCGUCCGUCGUGGUCAUAGUCGGGUCUUUUGGCCUAAAUAUGCCUGCUCCUGUCUCCUCGAAGCCUUUCAUUACGGUUCCUCAGCUCAACUGUCUGUGGCAACCUGAUGUUCUGGGGGCCAUUCAAGGCUGGCCAAACACUAUACCCGUGGAACACCCACAGCGUGGGGACUUUGUCAUCGUGGAUCGUGAAUAUCUACGGGUCGGAAAAUGGCUGUCUGGCUCAUACAACCCGAGCACUCCUCUUGAAGGCAUCGUUCUUGACUGCCGAGCCCAUGAUGUUAUAGUCGAGUGGGUAUCUACCAACACCCAAGGAUCAGACCCGCCAGACGCAACAAGAAUGCCGAGGCAGGAGAUAACCAUCUACGAGGACAUCCGGACUUUCCGUGAUUUUCCAGAUGUGCGUCUUAAGAAGGAUGUCAUCCUCUACGAUACUGGCAGGAUGCCUAUCAAGCCCGUUGAGCAACGCGCAAUCAGCGGUGAAGCCGGAUCCGCCCACAAUCAGGCAUCCUGUCACGACGCCCACAAUAGCGGAGACGGUUAUUCAGGGCAGGAACUGGAGGUCGGCAUGCAUGUCAAGUUCCGGGACCCUUCCGCAGCUGCGAUGAAAUAUCAAGGAAUUGGGGGGAUAUCGCAUGGCAAGCUCCUGCGCGCGACCGAGCAUGCAUCCCGCAGCUGGGAUCUGAACGAGUAUACGAUUGUUUUCAUGCAACAGUCCGCUACUGUCAUGUGGCAAGACGGUAGUGUCACUACGGCUGAUUCAAUAUCCUUGACGCAUUUUCCUAACAUCGACGACGAAAUUCUCCCCACAAACAUUGUGUUGAGAAGAGAAGGCAUGCAACAAAGACCUAUCCAGCAAAACGGCAAGGUAAUUGGUCCCGCCAAAGUCUUUGACGAAAUGACGUUCUUCGAGGGGCCUCAUGAUCUGUUGCCGACUGGUGCAGGCGUGGUCCAGUCAGUGGAUCCCAGGGAGAAAAUCGCUCGCGUCCGGUGGUUCAAAGCGCCCAAACUUGAACUGCGAGGACCAGAGCAAACUCUUGCGCCAGGUUCACGGUUUGGCGCCAUCGGAGAUGAGGUCGAGGAUGUGUCUCUCAUCGAAAUCUACCCUUGCUUUUCACGCCAACGGGGUGAUAUUUGUGUACUAGCUCCUCCUGGCCCAUUCAAAAUCUCGCAGAAUGAGCUCUCCAAAUCAUCUCUGUCGGAUCCUGCCACGGUGGCCUCAAUGUUUUCGCAGACUCCAGAUCCCGGCGCGAAUGCCAGCCUUCGGUGGCGGCCUUCUUGGGCUUCUUCCAAAGCAAGUACGACAAGGGAACAAGGAAAACGCGCGGGAAGAUUUGACUGGAUUGGCCAAAUUUUGUCUCUGGGACUCGAUGGCCUUAUCACCGUCCGCUUGGGAGCAUCGCAGCCUUGUCGAGAUGUGUUACUUGAUGCCGACUCGAUCAUUGCAGUUUUGGCCAGCCGUCAUUAUUGGGGUGACGAUGACACGACUUUCAGCCUCAUGGACCUUGACUCUUGGGGUGACAGUGAUUUCCUCUAUACCGCAGAAAAUCGGCCCAUAUCGGAGACGAUAGAGUACGAAGGUGGAGAGCGUCUCGACAAUGACAGCGGCGACGAGAAUUGGGUGUCUGAUGACGACCAGGUAUUUGAGGAUGCUCAGGAAGAGUUACAUGACCAAGACGGAGGUCUGGAUUUGUCAGAGGCUAGUGAACGGCCAGGCAAUGCAGCGACAUCACAGCGGCCCCUGUUUGAGCUGGAGAAAGUGCCCGGAUCUGAACCACCCGCGCAGUUUCUUGUACUUGACCAGCAGCCUCCAUCCGACCAGUUCGGACUUUAUACUUCUGCGGCAGCGCCAGGACUCAAACGUAUCCUCAAAGAGCACCAGAUAUUGGCGACGUCACUUCCCGAAGGCGAGAUCUAUGUCCGCACAUACGAGAGUCGAAUCGACCUCCUACGGUGCCUUAUCAUCGGCCCGAGAGAUACGCCCUAUGAACAUGCGCCCUUUUUAGUCGACCUGUGCCUACCUGCCAAUUUUCCCGAAGCGCCUCCUUCAGCCCACUUUCACAGUUGGACCAGGGGGCUCGGUCGCAUCAAUCCGAACCUCUAUGAAGAAGGCAAGGUCUGUUUGAGCUUGUUAGGAACCUGGUCUGCGAAGAGAGAAAGCGAGAAAUGGAGCAACAAGGCAACAUUGCUUCAAGUGCUCGUCUCAUUGCAGGGGCUGGUGUUUGUAAAGAGGCCUUUCUACAACGAGGCAGGAUUCGAAAAAUACGAGUAUAGCGGGGCCUACACCAGUGAAUCCGACUCUUACAGCGAACAGGCUUUUGUCAUGUCCAGAGGAUUCCUGAAGAGCGCCCUGCUCCGACCUCCGGGAGGGUUGGAAGACAUACUCGCCUGGUUAUAUUUGCCGCACGAUAUCUCGAACCCGUCCAACAGCCUGCUUGGCACCGUCAUUGAGCGAGGAAAGCUGUUAAUGCAGAGAUCUGAAGAGGCUCGAGCAAACCACGAUGACUCGUUGGUCGACUCGGCAGGUGCAAAGGACGACGAGACCAAAGUGUUCUUGAAGCCACUCAGUCGUGGCGCGAGUGUUAUGCUGCGGAGGGUGAUUGGGGAAUUGCAGACCCAGUUUGACCUUUUUUUGGCAGAGAGCGCGAAAUUAACGAGUGAUGAUGAUGAUGAAAAAAUCGAUGAUUCCUGAUACCCGCGAAAGAAUGGGCAAGGCGCGCAGGGCGAGCAGAUUCCGGAGUGGAUCUGGAUUUUUGGGAUAGAUUUGAUCAGGCUUUGUCUCCUGAGCAAGGUCUGUGGGAGGCCUCGGCAGAUCUAUUCCAAAGGAUGGAAAACCCUAGCUAGAUUCUAUGAAUAUUUCGGAUUCGUGUGUGAGCGAGAUACUGCCAGACACGGCUUAUCAGUGGGCUAUUGGAGUACCUGGCCUCACCGUGCCAAGGCGUCAUAUUAGAUGAACUCCUGAGGCUUCUAGUCGAGAUAUCAUGAGCAUAAGGCUGUAGCCUCUUCGCCGACUCCAAGUUCUGUCUAUUCUGCAAAAUUCCAGACCUGCGUUGUCGUCGAUGGUCGCGACGAGGCUGAACAUAGAGUCGCCGAGGCAUGAAGAGGUAUUUUUAUCUCGGGGCAAAAUUAGCCGAAGUGGAGCCGGGACC